AUGCAUACAUCCGGAACUACAGGAACACCCAAGCCUAUCGUAAUACCACAAGGUGUUAUCACAAGUCUAGAUGCCUCUCAAAAGGCUAUUUCACUUUAUGGUGUUGCCACAACAUCCGAUUAUUGGCGAGGCUUACGGUGCUUCUUAGCGUUCCCACUAUUUCAUAGCGGGACUGCUCUGUACUUCAAACAGAUAGCGGUGCUUCCACCGCCUAUCCCAUUGACCGCAGAGUUAGCAAAUGAGGUUCAUAUACAUGGUAAAGUGCAGGUCUCGGAUCUUCCCCCUGCCGUGUUAGUGGAAAUAUCGAAGUUCCCUGAGUAUUUAAAGAACCUUCGUCCUGUCAAAUAUAUCAUGACUGGAGGUGGCCCAUUACCCAAUGGCCCUGGAGAUAUCAUCAAUUCUCAUACUCAAUUGUUUGCGGGGUUUGGGUCAACAGAGACAGGACAUAUUCAAGCGGCUUUACCACCUGAAGAGAAUUGGGACUACUUUGACUUUUCUACAUCAUUUGGUGUUGAAAUGCGGCAUUGCUCAGGCGAAAUCUAUGAGCUUGUGAUUGUUCGUGAUCCAUCGAUAGAAGCAUAUCAGGGCAUUUUCUAUACAUUUCCAGAUCUUUCAGAAUACAAAACUCGGGAUCUAUUUUCCAAGCACCCUAACAAGCAUAAUCUCUGGCGCCAUGAAGGUCGUUCUGAUGAUAUUAUCGUCUACUCUACAGGGGAGAAGUUCAAUCCAAUUAGCAUGGAAAAUGCUUUGAACUCUCAUCCUAAGGUUAGAUCUGCCAUAGUUUAUGGUACUGAGAAAUUCCAGUCGUCCGUGCUGAUUGAACCAACCAAUCCCGAGGGCUCCAAGGAUGUCCUAUUAGAUGCAUUAUGGCCAACAAUAAAGACUGCAAAUAUUACUUGUCCCGCGCAUGCGCGGAUAAUGAGCAAGGACUUCGUCGCAUUCACCAAACCUGAUAAACCAUUUCCCAGAGCUGGGAAAGGUACAGUACAACGAAGACAAGUCGAAAAAUUAUAUGAAACAGAGCUCAAUAGUCUUUAUGAAACAAGUAUCAAUGGACAGGUAUUCAACAAGGAAAAUAUAAACGAGAUGAGCUCUUUGGAUAAGGGGGCGAGCUUUGACGUACAAGGUACCAUCAUUAGAACCAUUUCGAAUUUUCAAGGAUUCGAAAACUUCUCUGCGUCUGAAAAUUUCUUUGAGCAUAGGCUGGACUCUCUAGGCGUGAUCUCAUUAACAAGGGCAGUGAAUUCGGCGUUCGAAUCACAAGAUCCUCCACGGGAUUUGAUACGCGAGUCAAUGAUAUAUGCAUAUCCAAGUCCAGAAAAACUAGCACGCGCCCUCUCAAAUUCUGCCAAAGACAAAAAUGAAAAUUUUGCUGAAAUACAGGAAGAAUAUGAACGUUUCGUUUCUGACUUGCCUAUUAUUGCUAGGCCAUCAGCACCAGUCACUGGACCCAAAAGGAAAGAUACCGAGAAACGUCAGCUAAAUUCCAGCUCGUCUACGGGCCUUUCAACAGAUUUUAGCCGUGUCCAGUUUCUCAGCAUGGCUACUGGUGUUACGGAAGGAUGGCUAGGUAUAAAGCUUGACCAAUACAAGGAGCUACUCAAUGAAGUAACGCACAUCAUCCACAAUGCUUGGCAAGUUGACUUCAACUUGUCUUUUAGCCAAAUGGGUGCAACGCAUAUUCGUCGUGUUCGUCAGUUGAUUGAUUUCUCCGCUCACUCAAGAUUUGGUGCUUCCAUUCACUUCAUCUCCAGUAUUAGCACUGUUGGAAAUUGGGACCUCAAUGGAUCAAAUACACCCAGCUCCUCCGGCUAUUUUACGCCAUCGCAAUCAGAAACGGAACCCAUGUUAAUGCAACCCCGUGUUCCGAAGAUUCUGUACGAGGAUUGGUCGCUGCCACAAGGCUUGGGUUAUGGCCAACCAAAAUUUGUUGCAGAGCGGCUGAUUACUACUGCCUGUAAGAUUGCCAAUAUUCCUGCUUCGAUCUACCGAGUGGGUCAAAUUGCCGGUCCAAAAAGCAGAAGUGGAAAGUGGAACGAACAGGAACGGUUUCCCUUGAUUUUAAAGUCUUCCACGUAUCUGAAGGUUUUACCUUCGUCGUUGGGUCCAUUGGAAGCUGUUGACUGGAUCCCCGUUGAUAUACUUGGGAAAGUCGUUUACGAACUUGUAACAUCUUCCAAUCACGAUAUACUGGAGACGGAUUCAACAAUCGAGUCCUUUUCUGGAUCACCCGGAGUCUACCAUCUCGUGAAUCUUAAACGAACAACAUAUUCAGAUGUUAUUCUUCCUCGACUACAAUCGAUUCUAGACCUUCCCACUAUACCCUUCGAAGAAUGGGUACAGCGUCUAUGUGAUAGUGCAGCGAAUAUGCAGGAUAUAGAUAUAAAUGAUAAUCCAGCAGUAAAAAUACGUGGGUUCUAUGAGGGUCUAGUCGAAAAACAGAAGAAAGGUAGGUCACAGGUCUGGCUUGAUACGGAGAAGGCCGUGGAAGGAAGCGCAACCUUGAAGAGUAUGGAUCCGAUCGACGGAAAUUGUGUAAAUAACUGGAUGAGGCAAUGGGGAUACGUUUGCAAUGAGCAUGGAGAAUAG